AUGCCCCCACCGCAAAGCUAUCAUCCCGAAACGGUGGUUUUCGUUCUCGACGCCUGUGAGGACCCGGGCCUUGAUCAUGCCAAGCACCCUUCGCGCCUGGAUCUCCUCAAGCAGUGCAUCGGUAACUGCGCACUGGCAAAGAGCCGUGUCAACCCCAGCCACAAAUUUGGUCUCGCGGUUGUCCGGGACUCGGUACAGUGGGAGGGUGCGGGGGUCACUACCUCCGCGGAGGGGCUGCUGGUGGCGUUACGGGGGGUGCAUCCGACCUCCUCGCCCCCGGGGGCCUUAGCGGCAGCAGUGGGGCCUCCGCCACUCGAUCUGGGUUCGGUGGUGUCGCUGGUGCAGCCGCUGGCGGUGGCGGAAGAGGCGGAUGGCUGCCGGGUUCGCGUGGUCCUGGUGUAUUGCCGCUCCUCUGUCUUGCCCGUGUGGACCACCCGCCAGCGCCCCGGCGAGGCCCUUUGCAUGGACGUGAUUUUCGUGCACGACAAAGCAGCAGCGGCGGCAGUGGCGGCGACCCGGCCCGACUGCGCCUCACCGCAGACUGUGUACACCUGGCUCGAGGACAAUGUUGACGAGCUGUCGGCUCGUUGCGGCCAUCACGCAUACAUUUUUGAGGCUGGUUGCCACCUGCUGCGUAAGGUGACGAACCUGAUGAUCAGCCUAAUGGCGCACCCCACACAGCGGCCACCACAGAGGGCGCUCCGUGCAGGCCCCCUGGACCUCGCCACUGUGCCUCCCCAACCCACAUCUGCCACCACCGCCAGCAAUACAGCUAGUGCCGGAGUCACGGUGAUAAGCAGCAGCGCCUUCACUGCACCUCCUCCCAUGGAUGCCGCAAGCAAUGAGCAUGUACAUACACGGGAGGAAGCGGAUGGUUCUCCAGCGCCACCUCACUGGUCCCCUGGAGCUGCUGUGGCACCUGGUGGUGAUGUCGUGCUGGAGGCCACCUCCCAGGCACUCACGGGUCUGGUACUGCGCCGGCAGCAGCCACCACAACCACCACAGCCCCCGCCGCCCUCUGCUGCCCCACCAGGCUUGAUGGAGGGUACAACAGUGGUAGACCCAUGGGCAGCGCCGCCACCGCCUCCAGUGGCAGCCCCAGGUCCUUUCUGAGUGCGAUGGCGACGGCCGAAAAGGGGUGGUAGGAGAAAGUGGCGUAUUGCUGCAUGAAAGCGGAUAGUUAAGGUAAUACAUGGGCAGCCCACCCUGUCAAUUGACCUGAAGAACGCCAGGGCUGACGUUACCCAAAAGAGACAGAAGACAAUGCUGACGCAUAAAAGCUGACGAUACUCAUACCGACCAUAUGCUGACAGAGGUUAGGCUGCCUCAGUGGCCUCCACCACAGAGUGAACUGGUUGCCCGGGUGAGGAGGGAGCGGACGUCGGUCGGCUCGGACACUGUGACCAGCAGCUUGCACACACCAUGCUGAGCCUAAGCAUCACCCUCAUAUUCGUUGUCCCUGUCUUCAUAUUCCAUUAUCCUUGGCCUCAAUGAGCAUAAUUCCGAAUUUUGU